CACAAGCUAGAGGUGGAGACAGUGAUACUUUGCACGUGCCCUUUCCCCGUUGCCAAUACAAAGUUAGUCUAUGUCCAACAACCGGCUAUUGACUUGUUUGGCAGGAAAGGCCAGCAGCCUGCUACUUCCUCCUGCCUCCUACCCUCUCUUGAACUCCAUGAUUGCUUAGAACUUAGAACUGAGUUGGAGGAAUUCAAGAUGGAGCUUGCCAUAUCUACAGUAACAGGUGAACUUGUGAGCCGGUUCCUCUCCUUACUCGUCAAAAAGUAUCACUCAAGCCGCGCAUACUCUGAAGAGAAGCAGAUGAAGAGGUUGGAGCAACUGCUCCUGAGAGCUCGCACAGUCGUCGAAGAGGCGGACGGGCGAUACAUCACAAACUCUGGGAUGCUGGAACAGCUCAACAUGCUCGCAGGGGCCCUGUACCGAGGCUACUGGGCACUAGGGGCGUUCAGGUACAGGUCACUCGAAGACACUCCCAUCGAGGUUAGGAACUCAUCUCCUCCCAAACGACUUCGCACGUUUCAUGGCAGUGCUAGAAAGAAGAAGGCAACAUACCUUCUCGAGCUGCAAGGUGCGUUGGAGAGCUUAGAUGAUGCCGUUUCUAGCAUGAAGGAGUUUGUCAUUAUUUUGGGUGGAUUCGACCGUAUGCUGCGUCGACCAUACGACGCGUAUCUUUACAACGACAACAUCAUAUUUGGACGCCACGCCGAAAAGCAAAAGCUCCUGAACUUCUUGUUGCAGCACGGCUCUCCUGGUGGUGCACCGGCUGUCAUCCCGAUCAUUGGUGGUCCUGCGGUUGGCAAGAGGACUCUGGUUGCCCAUGUAUGCAAGGAUGAGAGGGAGGUCUCGGCCAAGUUUUGUUCAACCCUGGCAAGCAUGGACAAUCGAAGCAAGGUGAUCAUUGUCAGCCGGUCUAAAAGUUCAGAGAAACUGGGAACAUUCAAGCCAAUCUUCCUCAACACCCUGCCAUACGAGGAGUUCAGCUACCUCUUCAAGACACUCGCAUUCGGGAGCGUGGACCCGUCACAACACCCGCAGUUAGCACGGAUAGCAGACGAGGUGGCCAGGGAGAUGCAGUCUGAUUGGUCGCUUGUUGCUGCUAACUUGCUCGCUGACGUGAUGCGAAGGAAUCUUAAUAUCCAUUUCUGGCUCUGCAUGUUGAGCAGGAUGAGAAGAUUUGUUGAGAGGAACUUCUCCAUGUUCGGGGAGCACCCACGGUUGCUCGUUCUGAGAUGCCAUCAGAUAGAUGCUAGAGACUUCUUCUUGCAUCCUUCUUCUCCACUCCUCAUCCUACCGUCUUGUACCACUGGCAGCAGCCGAACUGAGAUUACAGAGGAAAGGCAACUGCUACCGAACGUGAGGCUUGGGGAUCUGGUGGUGGAUCCUGGAGCUAGGCCACAAGGUGCUUUCAACGUCAUUAGUUGGGAAUCAAGGGUGCCACCUUACACUUCAUUUGUCCAUUUCGUUCCAAGUUGUGCUCCAGGUGUGGCUGAAGAUACCCCUCUGCCUGGGAGGAAACGUUCAGCAGUGCAUUUGUAAGACCUUUUAAUUCAAAGGAUUUCUAUGGAUUUUUUAGGUUAUAAUCUUUAUUGCUCCAUCCGUUUGUAAAUACAGUCUUGGAUAUUGAUAUGGUUGCCGCUA